CACAAAAUAGAUAGAAUACAAUUCUGUCUAAAUUUAAACGCUUUAGAAACAGUUUCUCAUCAAAUGUUAACAAAUUUAAGAUGAGGAUCAUUGCAUUGAUUGGUAUCUGCCUGCUAGGGGUAGCUGUAGCUGAUGAUGGAGCUAAAUUGCUAGCAGCUAAGAAUGUACUAAAUCAGCACAUUGUAGAAGGAAAAGAUUUGACAGUGACUUAUACAAUCUAUAAUGUUGGCUCUAGUGUUGCAUUGAAAGUAAUCUUAUCUGAUGACAGCUUUCCCUCGUCUCAGUUCAUAACAAUCAGUGGUAGCAAGGAGAUCCACUGGGACCGUAUUGCUCCAGGCAGUAACGUCACCCACACUCUAAUUUUAGAACCAAAAAUCAGUGGUCCAUUUAAUUUCACUGCUGCUAGUAUUACCUAUGUGGUAGUUGAGGGAGAGGAAGAACCACCGCAGUUUGGAUACACAAGUGCUCCAGGAGAAGGUUAUAUUAAUGCAUUCAAGGAUUUUGAUAGAAAAUAUGCUCCUCAUUAUAUGGACUGGGGUGCGUUUGCCAUAAUGACACUGCCCUCUAUCGUCAUACCAUUUCUUUUAUGGUACAGAAGCAAGACAAAAUAUGAUGCACUGAGCAAUAAGAGCAAGAAAAACUAAGUCUCUACAGUACUCAACAUCUUCUCUUCCAGCUAACUUCUCAAAUGUAUCUGCAUAUAAAUAUGUGCAUUCAAAUGAAUUAUAUAGAUGAAUAUUUUUAUCAUCUUUAAAUCUUAUUUUAAUGCUCAUAUUUUAUUUUUUAAACAUAAUUUUAUUUCACACAUUAAAUUUCAGUUUGGGUGUAAUGUGAAAUUUGGUUUAAUUUGGACUCAGUUAAUAAAAUAAUAUGUCAAUCAUAGAAUAUGAAUGUUGUAACUACUGUAUCAAACUUCAAUGAAACUAAAUAUUCACUUUGGGGAACAGAUCAUGUACAAGAACAAGCAGUUGUUAAAAUUGUCAAUAAAAGGAACACAAUUAUCUGUA